AUGCCCAAGGGAUACGCUAUUAAGGACGUGAAGAACUGGACAGAUUUCCAGGUGAUUGACUUUGAUUUGAAGAAACCUGCAGAUGACGACAUUGACAUCGCCAUUACCCACUGUGGUAUCUGUGGUUCCGACCUUCAUACCGUUUCCGGUGGAUGGGGCGCUCUCAAGGUGCCUGCUUGCAUUCCUGGCCACGAAAUUGUGGGAAACGUGACCAACGUCGGUAAGGGAGUGAAGGACAUCAAAGUCGGUGAUCGAGUUGGUCAUGAAAACGAAAAUUACUGUAUCGGCGAUGGCGAAGGGUACAUGGUCGACACGUACAACUCCAUCUGGCCAGAUGGUAGCAUUGCACAGGGCGGCUACUCUACCAACAUCCGCACCCCUGAGCAGUUUGUAUUCCCCAUCCCUGAUGGCAUGAAGUCGGAGCACGCGGCGCCGAUGUUGUGUGCUGGCUUGACGCUUUACAGUCCCUUGCGCCGCAACAAUGUAGGCCCUGGAAAGCGCGUUGGUAUUGUGGGUAUUGGUGGUCUCGGCCACUUUGGUGUGAUGUUUGCCAAGGCGAUGGAUGCUGAGGUCAUUGCCAUCUCUCACUCCGCCAGCAAAAAAGAGGAUGCUCUGAAGAUGGGUGCUUCCCAGUUCAUCGCAACUAAGGAAGACCCCAACUGGUUUGAGCGUUUCAAGAACAAGCCGUUCGACCUGAUUGUCAAUACGGCCUCCUCUGCUGCCGUCGACAUUCCCGCCAUGAUCUCUGCGCUCAAGGUGGAUGGCAGUAUCAUCUCGGUUGGUAUGCCUGAAGACCUGAUCCAGCUGCGUGUGCAGAACCUUGCAAUGCGCUGUUCUUCCAUCGGUAGCAGUCACAUUGGCAGCAAGGUCGAGGCGAUGGAGAUGUUGAAGCUCGCGAAUGAAAAGAACGUCGUGCCUUGGAUCGAGCUUAUCGACAUGAAGGACUGUUCGAAGGCUAUUGAGCGCGUGUCGAAGGGCGAUAUCCGAUACCGCUUCGUGCUCAAACAAGAUCUUGAGAAGCCCGACACGUUGUCGACGCUUAUUAUGUCUGCGUUCCGUGCCUCUACAGUUGCGUUCCGUGCCAUGCGCCCCAGCGCUCCGGCGCGUUUGCUGAAGCCCGAGUUUCAGCCGCAUUUUGCCGAUGUAUGGAUUCCUUCGCUUAUCUUUUGGGGAGCAACCGGCGGUGUCUUUGUCACACUAGCUCUUAGCGGUGUCCCCAAGUUCGAUGUGGAUGUUCUUGAGAAGACACCUUUGGCAUGGUUUUACAAGGCCUAUCGGCUCCGCAUUCGCGACAAUCGCACCAUGCCAUUUUCUCGCGCUGUUCCCGACUCGCUCUUGGACCGCAAUGCGUCCUGGUCGCAAGAUUUUGUUUCCUCACAGCCAGAUUUAGCGGAUGCACUUAGUGAGGGCCAGCAUCCAAAGGUGUUUUGGAUCGGUUGCAGUGAUUCUCGUGUGCCGGAGAGUGUGGUGUGCAACGCACGACCUGGAGAGCUAUUUGUGCUGCGCAAUGUUGCGAACCAAUUUCACAUUCAUGACGAUAGUGCCGUGAGUGCGCUGACCUUUGCUGUCCAGGCAUUGGGAGUUGAGCACAUUAUCGUGGUCGGCCAUACCAGCUGCGGCGGUGUCGGUGCUGCUGUGAAACAAGUUCUGCGCGAACAGGAGGAUGAGUAUAUGGGCCCGCAAGAGUCAAGCGCACUCACACGUCACCUCAAUCCUCUCAUGGAUCUUGCGCGUUAUUUACGUGUACGUGUACGAGAGCGACACCAGCUCGGACAGCAAGAGUUGUAUGAGCGCCUGGUGCGUAUGCUUACUGAGGCGAGUGUGCGCAAGCAGAUCCAGAAUAUUGUUGAGCACCCUGUGAUUCGCGACAACUGGAACCAGAAGGUAUCGCCGUUGAACGACAAGGUGAACCCGCGUGUCACCAUUCAUGGAUGGAUCCAAAAAGUAGGUAGCAGCCAACUGUUGGAGCUCGACGCUACAGUACGACCCCCUCCAUUGGAGGGCGAAGAGCCAGAGCAUGUGUAG